AUGGACAUGCACAUAUUGUUUGUGGACUUUAUAAAAGCUUAUGAUUCUAUUCAUAGGGAAAGCCUAGUAAAUAUACUCAAAGAAUUCAGAUUCCCAAGUAAAAUUGUAAACCUCAUUGGAGCAAGCGUCAACCAGACGAAUAUAAAAGUUAAAAUAGCAAACACAACAUCACACCCCGUGAGAGUGACAACAGGUUUCCGACAAGGCGAUGCACUAUCUUCAGUGUUUUUAAACCUGGUACUUGAAAAAAUUGUACAAGAAAUGAACGUUUCGGAAGGAAUUGAGCUAGGCCAGGUAAAAAUAGGGCGCAUAGCAUACGCAGACGAUAUUGCUCUCUUGGGAGAUAAUAUUGAGAUGAUAAAAAGUCUGGGAAAGAAACCUCUAAAGGCCGCGGAGAAAGUAGAUUGACUGUUAAUGAUGAUAAGACAGAAUAUUUGAUUGUCAGUCGAAGUAAUAGAGUUUAUGGACUAGAACAACAUAUUGAGUUAGAAGGACAUACAUUUAGGAAAGUAUCACAAUUCAAAUAUCUGGGAUCGAUUAUUACUCAAGAUAAUGAACUUAAGACAGUGGUUUCGUCGAGAAUACAAUUAGCUAACAAGGGAUAUUAUGGAUUAUACUCCGUGCCACGAGAGAGUGCGACUAGGCGGCGAUCAAAACGUGUUCAUUUCAGCGCAUUCCCACCACAUUUCUGUCAAGGUUGCCUACCGUCGGUAUGUGUCGAUCGCCGUCGUACCGUUUUCGAACGACGUGGUUGUAAUAUACAGAGCGGUUACUGGUGUCAUCAUAUUUAUUGUUAUUACAUGAUUGUUCUUCAGUGCGGUUCAACGUUUUACGUGUAUCUAAUACGGUUUUGAAACUGCGAUUUUUUUUUUUUCUAUUUAAAUAGACAUUAAGACGUGUUAUUUAACUAUUUAUAAUGGCCGAUAUUUCACCUGUCAAAAGGAAUCCUUCUGGAAAAGUAAAUAUUAAUAAUAAAUAAUAUUAUACUAACAUUUUUUUGUUCUAUGCUAAAUGCCCAAUAUAUUGCUAAUUCUUCGUAUUUUUUUUUAAGUUCAUUGGUACUCGACAAAAAGAAAUUAUUGUCAAUUUCUAUAAAAAUUUAAUGUUGGAGCAAGAGAAUAUAGAAGCUAGUCAAAAAAUAAAAUAUAAGAACAUCGUCAAAACAAUUUCAAAGACGAGUCUUGGUCUUGGACAAAAAACAGUGGAACGUACGCUAGCAGAAUACAAAAGUAAAGGUACAGUUUCAUUGCCAAAUAAAAAAAAAAAAUAGGAAGACAGUGAUAGACAAAACCGACGAUUUUGACCAAAACGCCAUUAGGCUGAAAGUCCAUAGUUUUCGGUUUAAUCGAGAAAUACCUACUUUGAAUAAAAUGUUAGUGGUUGUAAAUGAUGAUAAGAAUUUGCCAAAUUUUUCGAAGACGUCCUUACGCAUGAUUUUAAAACAUCUAAAUUUUGAAUAUUUGAAAAAAAAAAAUCGUAAUAGUGCACUUAUUGAACGAAACAAUAUCGUGUGUUGGCGUCGUAAAUAUUUACAAUCUAUAAAACAUUAUAGGCUAAGUGGUAGACCAAUAUACCUUGACGAAACCUGGGUCAAUGCAGGUGAAACAAACUCAAAGGCAUAAAAGGCACAAAAAAAUAUUCAUUUCCAACCAUGUCUUGGACAAAACAAAAAAUUAUAGAUUNAGCAGAAUACAAAAGUAAAGGUACAGUUUCAUCGCCAAAUAAAAAAAAAAAAUGGGAUGACAGUGAUAGAUAAAACCGACGAUUUUGACCAAAACGCCAUUAGGCUGAAAGUCCAUAGUUUUUGGUUUAAUCGAGAAAUACUUACUUUGAAUAAAAUGUUAGUGGCUGUAAAUGACGAUGAGAAUUUGCCAAAUUUUUCGAAGACGUCCUUACGUAGGAUUUUAAAACAUCUAAAUUUUGAAUAUUUGAAAAAAAAUCGUAAUAAUGCACUUAUUGAACGAAACGAUAUCGUGUUUUGGCGCCGUAAAUAUUUGCAAUCUAUAAAACAUUAUAGGCUAAGUGGUAGACCAAUAAACUAUCUUGACGAAACCUGGGUCAAUGCAGGUGAAACAAACACAAAGGCGUGGGUCGACACAACAAUACAUUCGCCCAGAGACGCAUUCCUUCGAGGACUCACUACUGGACAAAAAUAACUUUCACGGAAGGGGAAACUAUUAAUUGUGUUACACGUCGUGUCAUCUGAUGGGUUCGUCCCUGGCGGUCUUUUAUCUUUUGAGUCAAAGAAAAACACGCUUGACUAUCACGAUGAAAUGAAUGGGGACACGUUUUACGACUAGUUCACCAAAAUCCUACCAUCUCUAAAAGACAACGCCGUAAUAGUGAUGGAUAAUGCUUCAUACCAUUCGGUAAAAAAUGAUUCAUUUCCAACCAUGUCUUGGACAAAACAAAAAAUUAUAGAUUGGUUAGNAAAAGAAGGUGAAAUAAUUCAGCCAUCGUUGGUUAAAUCUGAGCUUUUGGAACUAGCAAUUAAGUAUAAAUCACUGCACGACAAGUAUGUGAUAGAUGAAGUAGCAAAAGCUUGAGCCGCUGUAUACAGACAGCGGUCGCCACAUGGUGGGGAAAGUUUGGGUUCUGGACGUCGGAGUUAAUCAUUUGCGAUAUGCGUGGCACGGAGUAUAGAAAGAAUACUAAAAUCGAGGACACUCUCUAAAAAUCUAAAAAUAAGAAUGUAUAUGACAUUACUACGACCUAUUGUCCUGUAUGGUUCUGAGACGUGGGCAUUGAGGAGAGCUGAAGAACAGAAUCAUUCUACUACUCCGGACAACCGAAAUAAUUUCAAUAAAUCGCUGUCUAAAAAAUAAUUAUCUAUUAAUAGAUACAUUUAAUUUUUCAGGACCUCUCCCAGAAAAAUGUAGACAAUCUGACAUUAGCUUAGAAACAUUUUUACACAAAACUUAUAUUAGUUUUUUCUAGGCAUGCUUUUCAAAAUAUGUUGAACUUAAGUAUUCAUAACAGUUCGUCUUCCAUUUUUUUUGUUAUUUUUUGAAUUAAAUAUAUAUUUAAGUGUUUUAUUUAUUUUACGAAUUGAAGUUGUGAAUUUAUUAUUUGAUUAUCAUAUUAUUUAUUUAGUUUCAAGCAGAAUUUUAGACAUAAUAGAAGUUAUUAAACAAGUAAAUUUGAAUAUUAUAAUGUACGAGUGGACAAAGUAUUAUGAAAAUGAGAAAAAUAGUAAAAUAUUGUAUAUUAUUUCACUUGAGUCUAAGAAUAAAAAGCUAACAGAUAAAAUACAAUUGCCUACAGUUGUACGCGUUUUUCUGUACUCAUAUAAUUAAUGCAAUAGGUAUUUAUUAAUUUAUGUUUUUAUGUAAGUAGAGGAAUUGGAUUGGGUUAAUUAUGUUCAACCUGAACAUUUAAAAUAAGUUAAAUUUGUACAGGAAUAUUGCUUAAUGUCUGUGGAAGGUUGUUAUACUGAACUUCAUAUCAAUGUUUUUUGUACAUCUGCGUGGUAUCACAUUUUAAGAGAAAUUGAGGUAAAAAUAUUUUAUUUUUAAUUCAUCCUGGUAUAUAUACUUUAAAAGAUAUUUUUAUUUUAGUGUUUUGGUUAAUACCUUCGACUUAAGAAAACAUCAUAACAUAUUAGGCAUUAACUGAAAAAAUGGGCCGCACAUUUUUGGGAGUUGUAAUUAAACAAUAUAGUCGUGUAUUUUUCAUCACUGGAGAUACAGUUUUCAUACUUGCUGGUUGGAUUUAUGCUGUUUACACUCAUAUGGACUCAGUAAUGUUUGGAGAAAAAUGUUUUCAGUGACGAGGCCCACUUUCACCUCAGUGGAUUUGUUAAUAAACAAAGCUACAGGAUUUAGGGGAAUGGAAAUCCACGAGUAACCUACGAAUAUCAAAUGCACCCUCAAACUGUGUAGUAUUGUUUUAGCAAUAGAAUAUUAGCAUUAGGAUGAAGAUUUACAAUAUUCUCAACUAAUUCAAAAAUUUGAGCAUAAGUAUCAUAAAGAAAAUUAGAAGGGAUAUAGACAUAGCCUAUUAAGCUCAGUAUCAUUUAAAAUUAAUAAGACUACAAAAAAAAAGUCAAUAUUAGAUAUUUGAUCUGUAAUAAGCUCACAUUUAUAGAUGUGAUUAAUAAUGAAACUCCACCGCCAGAAUAAUUGGACGAUCUAUCAGAUCUAAAAAUGUUAUAAUUCACAAUACCUAAUUCAUUAUUUCUCAUACAAUCUUAAAUCUUUUGGCACAAUUUUGGGCACUCCUUUAACAAAUUAAUGGUUAAAUCUGGCUCACUUGAUAAACGUAGGCUAAGUUCAUUAUGCAAUUUUUUCAUAAAAUCUCUUUGGAAUUGAAUACGGUCCAAACUGAUAUCGAUCUGAGAUGAAAAAUUGAUGAAAUAACUUAUGUUUACAAUUGAUAAUAUUAAAUGCAUUAACAGGUGAGGAAAAAAUUAUUUUUUGCGGUUUGAGUUUAAUAUCAUUACGAUAACAUCCAAGACGUAUGACCUUGACUGGCACUGGUCUAACAUUAAAUUUGUUAACAAACUAACGAAUAAUAUAAUUUACCUAUUCUAAAUUAUGAGCAAUUCGGACUUCGACUUGAUUAGAAUCACUUUCAGUAAUAUUAUAAAAGAUAAAAUUGUAAGCUUGCAAGUUACAAUCAUUAAUCUCAUUAAUUAUAAAUUCAUUAUUAAGCGGUCGGAGUGAAUCAAUUUAUUGAAAAUUAGCUUUUAAUUCUUCGACUUUAGAAAGAAGUUUCUUUAUGAAAACCUUUUAAUUGAGCAGCUCAUGGAAACUUUGAUCGUACGAAAUACAAAAGUAUUUUUAAUUUUUAAUCUUGAGUGUAAGACAUUUUAAUUCUAACAAAAUGUAUAGGCAUAUUUAAACUACCAAAGUUGGAAUUGCACAUAGAACAAGAUAAGAUAGGAACCAUAUAGAAAAAUAUUUAAUAACAAUAAAACGAAUAAAAUUUUUAAAGAGAAAUAAGAGCAAUUAAAACACACGUCUAUAUACUAUAGCAGUCAACAAAUAACUGACCUAAAUAUAUUAAGAUAUUUAGCUCAGAAAGGAGACAUUGUCCUGGACUUGUUCUUUUUCGGCAUUAAACACUAACUUUAGUUGUUGGUAUUUACAUAACGGUUUAAUAAACUAGUCACAUUUUCAGAUAACAUGCUUAUCUAUUCAGGUUGAAUAUUUAUAAAUUCAGUAAUAACUCAAUUUCGUCAGAAAUUGGGCAUGUCCCUUUUCUGCACUUAGUGAUUCAUCUAUUAUUAGCGACGGCUCGUGUUAUAGUGUAUAGGAGCAGUACACCACCCACAAAUUUGAAAACCAUACAUUGUUAAAUUACUACAAAAUAAAAAUAUAUAAAAUAUAUAUUAUAAACUAGCAUUCAUAUUUAUUUAAGAGACAAAAAUAAAAAUUAUUUUAUAGAAUUUAAGAAAUAUUUAAUACAAAAGGUCGAAAAAAAACGAGUGUUAUCGCACGUUUUGGUAUAGGGUUUUUCAAUUUGAGCUGACCGAUGUUAGCUGUACUGUACGACCAUAUCGUUUUGGUGACGUCUUUAGUAUUCAGUCUUCAGUCAUUAAUGCCAAAUCAUCAUGACGAGUUACAUUAUUGAGCAGCACGUCUAAAUCACGAUUUAAUAUACAGGGUCAUUCAAAAUGAUUCAUCCAAUUUAAGAUCUUAUCAAAUAACGUAGAAAUUAAUAGAGGGUAAUAUCAAGUUUUAGAAUAUCAAUAAUUCAUUAUUUUUAAAUUAUCGCUUAAGGCGAUAUGUUAGUUUACACAUAUAUGUCGACAGGACAGCAUAAAGCGUUUUGUGUGUUGCGAUUUUCGAAGUGUGAAUCGAUAAUAACUGUGCAACGUGAUUUUCGUCGUCAUUAUGAUAUCGAUGCACCGAUUGCUCGAGCAUACGUCAAUGGUAAAAACAGUUUGAAGAAACUGGGUGUUUAUGCAAAGGAAAAAGCAUAGGUCGACCUCGUGUAUCCGAUUAUAAUAUAGAAAGAUUUAGAGAGAGUUUUCAAUGCAGUCCGUGCAAGUCAACCAACCGCGCAAGUCGAGAACUAGAAAUUCCACAAACAACUGUUUGGCGUGUUUUAAGACGGCAUUUAACUAUGAAACCAUACAGGUUGCAACUGUUGCAGGCUUUAAAACCCAAUGAUAAGUUGAAACGAAUUGAAAAAUUUAGAAAAACUAUCAUAUAAUAUGAAAAAAUAGUAAUAAUAACAAUGCAAAUAACUCAUGCAUCAACAUGAUUACUUUAAUUUGGGAGCGGAGUGAAAGAUUUAUUGUUUUACUAUAAUGCGUCCCUUUUUUUUUAUUUUUAUGUUUGUAAACACGGUUUUUACUAGAAAACGUGCUCUAAUCAAAAAAAAACAAGAGACUUUUUUGUUGGAAAUUUUGUUCCAUUGGUGUAUUAUUACUUUUUGAUUUCCUCAACCGUUUUGUGGGAAUGUGGGAAAGGCGCGAAAAAACGUGUAACAAAUUUUUAUGGCACCACGCUGUCACCAAUUUCGUAAUUUUAAUUUAUAUCUACGAUGGUUAUUAUCAGAAAUCUUGUUUAAUCAAAAAAUGACAAAUGACCUUUUUUGUAGAAAGCAGUAUGUAUCUUCUUACGAAAACUGAAUUUUGAUUUUCCAAGCGGUUUACUAAUAAUUAAAAAAAAAAAAAAAAUACGAAAAAUUUUACAAAAAUAUUUUUUGUUCUAAAACGGUUAAAAAUAAUCGAAAUGAAUUGAAAUUUUACAGAAUACUAAUAUUAACCUUUUAUAGACAUGCUAAAGUUUUCAACAUAUUGUAAAGACUUUUUCGAUAUAUGUACGUAUUUGACUUUUUAAAAUUAUUUUUAUGUAUUUAUCUUAGGUAAGUUUUAUAAGAAUAAAAUAAUUCGAAUAACAGAAAUGUUUAAAAAUUUAAUACGAGGUUAAUAAUAAUUGUAGGUAUAAAUUUAAAAAAAAUAAAAUAAAAAUAAAAUUGUAUACAUUAGUUUGUUUUGUAUAAAUAUUUUAAGAUAAAAUUUUGACGUAAAAUUCACAGGUUAUUGUAUAACUGAACUUCGUUAUUUUUUAGUAAUGGUUUAUCAUUGUAGACAGACAUCUGUAUAUCAGGUAUGCAACUAUCAUUAUCUUUCAGAUAAGCAUACAAUACAAACAAAUAUGAAUGAUAUCAAAUUUUAUUAAUAAAUAUUUAAAAUGUAUGUCUGUUAAAGUAGUCACCGGGUCUGUAAGAGUUAAAAUGUUAAAAACUAAAAAUGCGAAGAUAGGCCACGACUAGUGAUUUAAGCUCUCGUAAAUUUACUAUGUAAAAUGUUACCUGUAAGGUAAAUUUACAAAAAAAAUGUAUGAUUUACAUUUUAAUUACCGUUUAAAAAGUUGAGUGACUACUUUAUUGGUGUGUUUUUGUAUAUUUUAUCAAGAUAUAAUUAUUAUUAUAAUACAGGACUUUUAUAAAUGGUAUGGAUUAUUGUGAUAAUUGAUGAUAAUUGUGAAUAUUCUAAAUUUUAAUAAAACUAUAAUUAUUAAUUGUAAUUUUCAAUAAAGGGAUAAAAUACUUUAUACUUUAUUUAUAUUUAUCUUGCCUUCUUUACAUAAUAUUAUGAAAAAAUUCAAUAGGUACACGUUAAAUUGAAUUUUAAUAAAAAUUUACCAUUUUUACCGUAUAUUUUGUAAAUUUUCAAGUAAAAUUACUCGGUAAAUUACCAACAAUUAUUUUUACGUAAAAUCCACAUCACUAGUCAUAAUAAUAUCGAUAAAAGUGGUUAUGGAAAUCACAAUACUAUUUUUAGGUAGGUAUUAUAAUUUAUCUUCUUUUUUCUGCUGUACCACUACUCAUGGAAUGAAUCGCCAUAAGAUGACGCCCAAUGGAUCCAGUUAUACCUCCAUUACAAACAAACUCGUUAUCUUCAUUACCGCCGCAAAUAAAGUACAAUAAUAUAUUAUAUUUAUGGAUACUGUGAAAACUUUUUAUAUUAAUAUUAAUUAUGAUAUAAUAAAUAAACCUAACCAUCGCACAAGAAGCAGAUAACUGUGACGAAAUUGACAUGUUUUUAAAACUUUAGCUAUAACUGUUAAAUAAUUUCCAAAUGCUGGGGAAAUAGAGGCAAAAGUCAACAUUUUUACUUUAAUGACCUAGUUGGAACAAAAUUAUUCAUAUCUUGAACAACCUAACCAUCAAUUGGCUAUUCAACCACUCAAUAAUUUUGAAAAUUUAUCAGAAAACAGUGAUCCUUCUGAAUCAGACUAUCUCUCGUCAUCAAUAGUAGCAAAGGCGUACUCACAAUCUUCAUGUUCACAGUUUAGUACGUUUGAUUAUGACUACUAA